CGGACAGACAAGGUGGAAGCAUAAGGGUAGUCUUUAACAUUUCUGCAGCAGUGGGAAGCUUGUUAUGGGUGAAAACACGGUAAGUAAACGUGUGAUGAUAGGUGACGACAUGAGGAAGGCAGCGCAGGACAGUAGUUGCCUCUCAAUUCUCAAGGCGAUAUCACCUUCACCAUGAUAACACACUCACGAGCGCCAAGAGGGGUUGUGAUGGUGCUUGUAAUCUGUCAUUGCGCCUUUCCUCCCGUCUACACCCAUGGUCAGAGCAAUGGGUCGACAUCUUACUGCCCACAUCGCCACGCCUUGAAGGAGGAGACGCAAAUACUGGAGGCGUCCGUGGUGGAGAGGGAAACAAGGCCCAGCAACAUCGUCAAUUUGCACACUGCCACGUACACCACCGCCAAUACUUACCUGCCCCGCACCGUCACCGUUCACAGGCCAAAGAUAGUGCAUUCCGUGGUGGUGACAUCACCUCAGCACACCACACAGACAGAGGUGUUGACCGUUACCUUCACCACUACAGCUCUCACCACCACUACAGCCACCCGCCUCCUCCACACCACCACCACACUCGUCCCUCCACGCCUCCCUCCUGUCACCUCCACUUCCACCUUGGUAGUGGAGCGGCCCGUCACCUCCCUCGUCCCCAGCGUCUCUUACGUCACGCCGGUGCAGACGGUGGUGGAGUUCCUGACGAAGAGAAUGACCACCGGUGUCUCUAGUCACGCCCCCGCCACGCCUUCCACCUACACCAUCACCGACACCAUUGUCUUCACUGUCUGUCCCCCUGAGGUCUUUCUAUAAGUAAAUCUUCACUUGUGUAUUGAAUUUGUCCGUGAUUCUGUAUUGUAUUCGUUUUCAAAUACUUUUCUUGUCGGCUUAAUUGCCCUGGUGUUACGUCAACCCGUCAUUUAUAACGUAUUGGAAGAACAAAGGAGAGGAGAGACAGGGCGGAUUGGUUGUGGAAGUCUUUAAAGAGGCGUUAUAUACAUUGCCUAUAGUGAUGUGGAUUACGCCUUAUUGGUAGUGGUAGUAGUAGUAGUAGUAUUAUAGUAGCAUCAGCAGUAUUUCCCUAGAAGCUAAGGAGUUAUUGUAUAUAAUAAAAACACAAUACACACACACACACACACACACACACACACACACACACACACACGUUAAGCAUGCACGUUUCGGUAAUUAGUGAGAAGUGUUUUUCAUGAUGCAUACAUAAGUCUUCCCUUAAACCAUUUUCUGUGACGCCAUCCGUUCUCUUCUUUGUUUAGAUUAUUUCAUGAAGCUUAAUGUUCAGUCCUUCGUGCUUAUGAUUGUAAGGUUUUAAUCAAAG